AUGGCCAUGGGCCAUGUAGUCCUGCUGAGAUGCCGAACACAUGGCUGUUCUGAAUGUUCUAAAAGCAAAAGCCCUGUAGCUUCUAUGAGAUCCCAUGGAGAGAGGAGGUUACAGAAACUAUCCAACAACCAACUUCAUCAUAUUGGUUCUCUCAGGUACUCUUCAACUCCAGAGAAGGAUGUGGUAUGUUACCCCAACAGCAGAAGGGCACAAGAGGAAACUAAAGCUGGCAAAGGGCCAAGAGAGCCAACCACAGGCUUAACAGGAACGGUCUUCAGGAAGCUGCCAUUGUGCCUUCCUGUAAGAGUAAGCAAGGCAAAGCAAAGGUGGAUUAGGAGAAGGAAAAGGGGGAAAAAAAAGAGGCAGCUUUCUGAUGUGAAGUUGGCUUAUUCCUUUUCCAUUUUAACUUGGAUGAACUAUCACAACCCAAAAGUCCAAGGACCAGUCAUGAAAGGUGAUUUGGUCUGGCUCUCCAGUGUGCUGCUUCUAGUCCAUGGGGCUGGUAGCUGUCCACAAAAGUGUGUUUGUCACACACCUACAAAGUCUGUUGAUUGCAGCAGGCAAGGCUUAAGAGAAAUCCCCUCAGAACUGCCUCCUCAGACCCAGAUCCUGCAUUUGCAGUAUAACCAGAUUGGAGACAUCCCUUCUUCUGCUUUCAGUGGCACACCCUUGCUCCGAACCUUAGAUCUCUCCAACAAUGCCAUUUUUACCCUUACUCCUGGAGCUUUUUUGGGCCUUGUCCACUUACAGGUUCUAAACCUAACAAGGAACUCCCUUCAUUCCCUGGAAAGCAAGGUUUUCCAAUCCCUGCCCCAACUGCAGGAGCUGGAUUUGUCCUUUAACAACAUACAGGAGCUGCCCAAGUUUAAAGGGGAGACAUUGAGCCACCUAACUCGACUUGUCAUACAGAGGAACCAGUUAGAGCAGGUCCAUAGGGCUCACCUAGCAUCCCUCCCCAGCUUGAGAGCUUUAUUUUUCAAGGACAACCUGUGGAAAUGCAAUUGUCACUUGCUGGAUCUUAAACUGUGGCUGGAGAGAUUUGUCUACAAAGGUGGAAUAACUGAUGGAGUUAUCUGCUCGGCCCCAGACAUCUGGAAAGGGAAGGACCUCCUUAAAAUUCCAUAUGAACUCUACAAUGCAUGCCUCCCUCUUCUUGGGAAUGGGGGGCCCAUCCAAGCCCAGCUCCCUGGCACUGUGCAGCAGGAUUCUCCACAGCCUGGGGAAUCCCAAGAACAAGUUGACAAAAGUCGUUCGGACUGUGAACUCAAACCAAAGACACGACCAGUCAAUCUCCGCCAUGCCAUCGCCACAGUAGUUAUCACAGGAGUUGUCUGUGGAGUUGUGUGUCUGAUGAUGUUGGCUGCUGCUAUUUAUGGUUGUACCUAUGCAGCAAUUAUGGCUAAAGGCCAUGGAGAACCUUUGAGAAAUGCCAAUGAGCCAAGAAGGCCUGGAGAAGAAAAGAGGCUACCUGAUGCUUCCCUGCCAUAG